AUGACGAAGCAAGUUCUGUUAUGUCUUUUGCACGAUGCAAAAAAUAAUAUAAAAAAUGAAAUAUCCCAAUUGAAUGAUGACAUAGAAUAUUUGAAAGAAACUAUAGAGAUAAAAAAGAAUAAUAGGAUAAUUAAUUCAGUGAAUAAAAGAUUAGAUGGGAGAAAAGAAAAACAAUAUGAAGAAUUAAAAAAAUUUUUAUCGGCAUAUUUAAUUUAUUUGUUAGAAAAUGGAAAAGUUGACGAUGAAAAAAUGAAUGUUGAUGAGGAAAAAAUGAAUGUUGUUGAGGAAAAAAUGAAUGUUGUUGAUGGUAUGGAUGAGAAAAAAAAGGAAGCUCAUUUAUACUUAGAUAAAACAAUUCAAGGAAUAAACUCAGGAAAGAUUAAUCAUACAUAUUUUGAUGAAGAGGAAAAAAACAUAGAAGUAUUAAAAAGUAUGUGUAAUAAGAGAUAUAUAUUGAAAAACAUAUUAAAUUUAAUAAAAUUAUGUAAUGUAAAAGAUUUUAAUUUUGAAGAAUCAAAAAAUAUGUUUAGUGAUAUAAUGUAUAAAUUAAAAAAUAUAAGUGAAUAUAUUACAAAAGACAUAAGACAAAAGAAUGAUAUAUUGUCAAAUGGAAUAGGACAUCAUAUGAAUGAUUUAAUUCAACAUAAAAGUAUAAAGAAUUAUUAUAUGAAUAAACAGAACGAGGAAGUAAGCACAUCCAUAUAUAAUUUUGAUUAUUGUAAAAAUGAAUCGGAUGAAGAAUCCUACAUUUCAUCUACAGCUCCAUCGUUAAAUUGGUGCAUGGAUAUUCAUAAUAAUGAUAAAAAAUUCAUUUUAAAUAAUGAUAAUAUAUUUAUACAACGACAUUUUAAUAGUACAUCAGAAAAUGACGGAAAUCAUACGGUACACUCUUUAAAAAAGGAAGGACAAUUUUUUUCUUUUAAUAACACUACUAAACAUGAAUCUCUGAAUAAAUUUUUUUUAAAUAAAAAAUUGGGAAAGGAAAUAAAUUAUUUUGAUAAGUUAAACAAAGUUUUGGAUUUGGCACAUGAUAAUAGUUAUAAUAAAUGUAACUUGAUUGAAGAACAGCAUUGUGUGGAUAAGAAAGGAAUAAAUACUUUAAUAAUGUUUGAUAAAAAGGAGAAAAAAAAAUAUAAUGAUAUUAUUAAAAAUGAGAAGGGUACGAAUAAUAGUGUUUUCAUAAACACAUUGGUAGGUGGCAAUGUAAAGGGGUUGGUACCUUUAAAAAAAUUUAUGGGAUCUAAAAGGUUUACACAUAAUAAUAAUAAUAAUAAUAAUAAUAAUAAUAACAAUAGUGAUGACCAUUAUGAUGAUUUUAAAGAAAGAGGCCGAGAUCAGUCGUCCUCAUCGGAGCACUCAAUUAUUAAGACGAAGAAAAAAAAAAAGGAUAAUGAUAACACAAAACAAAUUAAGUACCUUUUUCACAUUAACAACAAAGGUAAAGGAUUUUUUCGAAUUAAGAAGAAGGGAAAUAAAUCUGCAAGAAAUUGUUUAUGCGAUGUAGUAAUUACUUAUGAAGGAACAAACCAUAUAAUUGAUGAUAAACAAGAUAAUGAAAAGAAGGAUACCAAAAUAAAAAGAAAAAAAAAAAAAGUCGUUUUCUUUUCCUUUUUAAAAAAGGGCAAAUCUAUUUAUCAUAUAAAUAGCUUAAAUAUUAAUGAUAAUAAUCAUCAUAUUUUAAAAGAUGCUGUUUAUUAUAAUAAUGGGAAUUAUAUAAAAGGGGAAUGUGAGGGGAAGAAGAAAAAAAAAAAAAAAAAAAAUAAUAAUAUUAUAUCACAAAAUAUGGAUCGUUUAAAUGAUGAGAAGUUAAUAAGGAAAUAUUCAUUAGGAACGUUAACAAAUUAUAUAAAUGAAAAAGAUACAAAAAAAAAAAAGGAGGAAGGAAAUUGCUCGAUAUCGUAUAAUAACAUACAUUUUGUGGAAACUAAUAGACUAAGGGCUUUGUACAUUGAACUAUUACAUAAACAACAUAAUUUAUUUAGAGAUCGUAAUUUUUAUAAAUAUGAAUUGGAGAAAUUGAAAGAGGAUAUAAAGAACAAUAACGAGCCAUAUGCGGAAUUUAUUAAAGAAGAGAAAAAAAAAUUUAUAGAAAGAGAAAAAGAAAUAUAUAAAAAAGAAAAGAGAAUUUUGAAAAGGAUGAAUCAAUUAAAAAAAAAGAUGGUUAUAUUAAAUGGAGAAUUAGAAUUAACAAAAAAUUUAUUAAAGAAGGAAACAGAUUUAAAUAAACAAUUAACUAUUAUGUUAGAAGAAAAUAAGGAUGUUUUAUUAAAUAAUCAAACUCAAAUAAAAAAUUUAAAUAAUGAAUGUAACAAAUUGAAAGAAACGAACUUAAUGGAAAAAAAAGAAAAUGAAAAAUUAAAAGAUGAAAUUAAUGAAAGAUUAAAUAAUAUUAAAAAGGUAAAUGAGGAAUUAAUACAUUUGAAGGAAGAUCAAUCUUUUGAAAACUUCAGAAAAUUGAUUUUACAGAAAAUCGGUAACACAAAUGGAGAUAUAAAAUAUCUAGCUGAAUUAUUAGAAUCCUUAACAAAAGAAUUAGAAAAUAAAAAAAAAGAACAAGUGUCCAAUUCUCAACAAAUGUUAAAGAUGCAAGAAAAAUUUAAAAGAAAUGAAGAACUCUUAAAUAAAUCAAACAAAGAAUUGAAGAGAGAAAAGAAGAGGGAAAAGAAAAUGAUCGAGAGGAUAGUAUAUUUGACUGAACAAAAUAACAAUUUGAAGGAAACUAUCAAUGUUUUAAAAUCGAAAGGAGAAAAAAUAAAUGAAAAAAAGGAAAAAGAUAAAAAAAAUGAAAAAGAUAAAAAAAAUGAAAAAGAUAAAAAAAAUUAUGAUAAUUAUGAUAGUUAUGAUAAUCAUGAUAGUUAUGAUAAUCAUGAUAAUUAUGAUAAUCAUGAUAGUUAUGAUAAUCAUGAUAGUUAUGAUAAUCAUGAUAGUUAUGAUAAUCAUGAUUGUUAUGAUAAUUAUGAAAAGGGAGAAAAGGAAGAGGAUACGUAUUAUAGGUUGGUCGACCCAUGGAGUACCACCACCAAAAUGAAAAAUAUGAAAAAAAAAGGAAAUAAAACCAAUAGGGAUGAUAUGAAUAAUGUGAGAAAUAAUGAGAAAUAUAUAGAACAAGAUCAUAGGAUGAUGGGAAUUAAUCAAAAUGUCAAAAUUAAGAAAAAGGGAAAUGGAUACUUUGUAAAUUACCACAGAGAAGAUUUAUGUGAAGGGGGCGAUAAUUUAUUUAUUAUAAAUCAAGAAGAUGAUAGUUCUAACGGUUUAGAACAUAUUGAACAAUUUUUAAGAGAAAACAAAAGAAAGGAAAGUAAUAAGAACAUGAACAGGCAGAGUGUUACAAUAUAUUCAGAUGAUUAUGAAUCUCAUAUGUCAUAUAAUAAUGAUACAAAAAGGGAAAAUUCGCUUGGGAAUAUAUAUAGUAGUAUGGAGUUUAUAAAUAAUUACGAGACCAUAUGGAAGAAAAAUAUAAUUCUAUAA